UUUCAUCACUUAGAAACCAUCUCAAAAUACUUUCUGGUGGUGCAGAAGAUGAUCAGAAAAAUGUUGAAUCAGAACUAGUGACCCUACAUUACUCUGAAUUCACAGGACACAAAGUUCAAUACAACCUAAAGAAAGAGAAGGUUGGAGAUGAAAUCAUUUACACUGUACCCGACAAUGGCAACUGGGAGUUUGAAUAUAGCGCAGACAAUGGAGAAACGAAUUCAGACCUUCACAAUAAAGAAGAUGAGCCCUCAGAAGACUUGAAAUCGAAUGAAACUGUAAUUAAACAAGAGAUCAAAAAAUUUUAUUACCUUAAAAUGUUUCCACACAAUCCUGGCCUAGUGGAAAUUAACCAAGACGGCGUGACCGAAACAGAUGGUGCUGAAGAACGCGAUCUUAAUAUAGCGGCUGAGUACCAUCAAAUACAAUACGAUUUCACGAAAGGAAAAGACACCAAAAAAUACACCUCAACUCUGACCACAACUGAUGGUCCUGAAGUAAAUGACUUUAAGAGAGUUGUUCCAAUUAAUGAAACAGAGAGCGACUUCAAGAAUGAAAACUAUGAUAUGAAAUACACAUCAACUCUGACCACAACAGACCAAUACGCCGAUGGUCAUCACAAAUAUUGGUUAGAGGAUGAGGAAUAUUUAAAGGACAAAACAGACGAUGCUGCGAUGGUCGAGCAUUUUGCCUCUGGUGGUAGUUAUAUUCGCGAUGUAGAUUUUAUCCAUGCUGAUGUUGAUGAGUUAGAUAAUUCUGAUUUGAUAGAAUACCAAAAUUUCAGUGCGUGUCUAGAAAGAUCGGACGCCCCUGUCGCUGAGGUGGGCAAAGGCAACGCUACGGAUUACACUCGCAUAACGGGAACACAGAAUGAAGAAGUCAUCGAAACGUUAGACCCUGAAACAAUGGAGAUUCAUUUUACCGACAGACACGGUGCGAAACAAAUCUACGAAUUAAAAAAACACAGUGAAGGCGACGAAUAUGUGUAUACUCCUGCAGAUAACGGGAUGGAAUAUGCGGAUGAUGACAACGCUGGUCAGCUGAAUCAUUUUGACCGUGAUCUUAGUUUAGAUGUUCAGGGUGAACAGGAAACGCAUAAUAUUGAAACAGUCAGCGAUGUAGACAACCAAAUAGUAGG